CUCUCCUUUGUCUCGUUUUAUCGUGUCCGUCGAUAGCUGGGCCGGCUUCAGAGGGUAGCUAUGGCUGUGCAUACAGAAGAGCCGAAGGCGCUAGACACGACUGAUAUUGCCACGGCUUCGCCAGACUCGCCUCAACUGGCCUCAAGCGCCGCUUCAGACCUGGACGACAAUUAUGAUCUGUAUAAGCAAAGCGCGGGUGAAGAUCUUGACCCGAACGAAGCGAAGAAAGUCUUGCGGAAGAUCGACUUCCGUGUCGUGCCGGUUUUGUUCAUCAUCUAUCUCUUGCAGUACCUGGACAAGAACGGUAUUAACUAUGCUUCUGUCUACGGCUUGCAAGCGGGCACUCACCUGCACGGGCAGGACUAUGCCUGGCUCUCGAGCAUUUUCUACUUCGGCUACCUGGUCUCGCAAUACCCAUGUGGCUACCUCCUCCAGCGCCUCCCGCUCGCCAAGGUUAUCGGCGCUACGACGCUAGGGUGGGGCGUUAUCCUCAUCACAACGCCGGCAUGCUACAACUUCACCGGGAUCGCCAUUAACCGCUUCCUUCUCGGUGCCGUAGAGGCCACGGUCAAUCCGGGUUUCGUGCUAGUCAUGUCAAUAUGGUACACUUCAGCCGAGCAGCCGCUGCGGCUGGAGUCUUACUACUGCACCAACGGCAUAGCUACAAUGUUCGGUGGCUUGAUCGGUUAUGCGGUUGGCCACAUCAAGACCGGACUGCCGCGCUGGAUGUACGUCUUCCUGAUCUUCGGAGCCUGUUCCAUCGCAGCGGGUAUCUGGUCUCUCCUCGUACUGCCGGAUCAACCUUCGACAGCGAAGUUUCUAAGCGAGCGGGAGCGUACGGUAGCUGUCGAGCGCGUGGCAGCGAACCGGCAGGGCGUGAAGAACCGCCACUUCAAGACUCGCCAACUCUGGCAGACACUGUACGACCCUAAGACCUGGAUUCUCUUCGUAAUGGCCGUUGGCGCUCAGGUGCCCAACUCAGCCAUCACCUCGUUCACCUCGCUCAUCAUCAAGGGUUUUGGGGUUGGCACACUCGGCACACAGUACCUUCAAAUCCCAGGUGGAGCGAUUCAAUUUGUAGCCCUGCUGGCCGGAGGCUUCAUCUGUAGCAGGUGGCCUAACACUCGCUGCAUGGUAAUGAUUGCCGCGAACGCCAUUUGCAUCUGCGGCGCUGCCCUGCUUGUCGGCUUGCCCACCACCAACAAAUGGGGUCGGCUGGUUGGGCUGUGGCUCUGCUAUUUCCAGGGCCUGGGCUUCAGCAUGUCAUUAACCAUAAUUUCAUCGAACAUUGCGGGCUCGACCAAGAAGCAGCUCACUGGUGCAAUCCUCUUCACGGGUUAUUGCGUGGGCAACAUCAUCGGCCCCCAAACGUUCAAAAGCAGCGAAGCGCCCUAUUACCACUCCGCAUAUAUUGCAAUGUUGGUAGGUUAUACGGUCAAGCUGCUGAUGGUAGUUGUACUUUAUGUCUAUAUGUGGUCAGUCAACAAGAAAAGAGAUAGAGAAAUGAUGGCCGAGGGGGGCCUUGGUAAUGAGGAGGAAAAGGCGGCCAUCGAAAGAGGCAUGCAUGAUAUGACCGAGCUGGACAACAAAGGCUUUCGCUACGUACUGUGAAGGCUUGGCCUGGCUCCCAAAGGAGAAGGCUUGUGAUGUCUUGAUUUUGGUGCAAAGUGAC